AUGGAUCGACGCGCACCCCUGAACAACCUAGAGUAUGACCAGGGCACUUUGGAAGGCAGAUGGGCGUUAAUUUGUGAGCGCGAAUGGGAGACUUUGAAGUCUCUUGGUUCCCAACUUCCUUGUGGUGAUUGUCAUCAUGUGUUGGCGGCGCAAGCAGCGCGAAAAGAAUAUCACUGGACUCAGUUGUCUCCAGCCAAGAAGGAGUUGUGGCGAGAAGCAGCCAUAAAAGGAUGGAAUGUCUACAUCGACAACAAUGCAAUACAGGGCCUCUCCUUCAUCCUUCAUUGUCAGAAGAUUCGGAAGGGCCUGGCCAAGCGCAAUCAGCUUGACAAAAUCCUACAGCCAAGAUUCGUCCUGACGGACAAACAUGAUGGUUUGAGAACGGAGAGUCAUCCUUUGCCAAUAUCGGCAAGCAGUCGCCUUGUGAUGCCUGGAUUCAAAGACCGCAGCAACCUUGGAGGCAGACUGCGACGUGACGCUCCGACUGGUUCUCGAAUGGCUCGGCACAUUCUAUUUUCCAUUGCUGCCUUCUUCACCCAAUGGAUGCUGAUUGCUGCCGACAUUAAAAGUGCCUUUCUCAAAUGUGCAGCUGAUGAAAAGCGGAAUCCGUUGAUUCCCUCGCUCCCAGGACAACUAUGUCGAGUGCUGAAAGGCAUCUUUGGGUUAGCUGACGCGCCCAGGGAAUGGUGGCUGAGAUUGUCAAGAGCCAUGGAAGAGCAUGGAUGGACCCGCACCUUGGUGGAUGGCGCUAUAUGGUGCUUGCGGGUCACUAAUGAAGCUGGUGAGCGAACCUUGGAAGCUUUGGUUGUGGCACACGUUGAUGACUUGCUCUUUGCUGGAGGCGUGAAAGGAAAAGCAUCCCUAGACGCUAUUGGAACUGAGCUUGGAUUUGGAAGCCUUGAGGAAGGUGACUUUACAUGGUGUGGCAAGCGCAUCAGACGUGCAAGUGAUGGCACCAUACGGCUUUCCAUGCGAGAGUACCAUGAGAAUUUGCAGGAGAUCUUGCUGCCGAAGCAUCGCAAGUCAGACCCAACUAGCCAGUUGGACGCAUCCGAAGCUCGUCAACUGAGAGCCCUACUUGGAAGUUUGCAAUGGUUGGUAGCUCAACUUCGUUUCGACAUGAGCUAUGCAGCAUCAGCCCUUCAGGGAGAGCACCCACCGACCAUUGCUACGGUGUUGAAAGCCAACUCGAUCAUGCGAGAGUUCAAAGUGGACCUAGAAACGUGCCGGAGCACAUACUCCGCUGAGACUUUAGCUGCAGAAGAAGCCUUUGAUGUUGGGCAGUUGCUCCGAGGCUUCGUAGCUACGGUUCGUGGGUUUGACAUGCUUGGUCGUGCAGCAGAUGUUGCAAUCAAUGCUGUAAAGAUGACUGUUGUGGUGGACGCCAAGGACGUUCACGAGAAGGGCAACAGCGACACAGCCACAAAUGGCAGCCAGAAGUCUAUCAUGAAGAAAGGUAGCUGGUCUAUCAGCUACAGCCCUGAAUUCGUGAAGCAGGUCAUGAAGGCCCGCAGCAGAAAAUCUCCGGUUGUUGCAAAAGCAAGCGCUGAGCUACCUGGAGUCGCUGUGGAUGGCAACGAUGCCAUUGAGAGAAGAGGUUGGCACUUCACUUCUGGCGUUGGAGUUCAAGCGGGACGACCUAUGGUCGAUUUGAUGUUGGCCAAACUGAAAAAGUUUGGCAUAAGCUUGAAAAUGCGGCGAUGA